AGCACGUGUUUAGGCUUCCAUCGAUUUCAACAUUUAUUCGGCGCUGCACGUGCGGUGCGGUGUUUUGUUAUUCAAAUAUGUUAGCUCAAAAUUUGAUAACUUUUAUAAAAAGAAAUGACUACUAUAUCCAAAAGUUUCCACAUUUUCAAACUGAUCAGGAAAUGAGCAAGGAUGAUCAGGAAAAGGUUUUAGAUACUUUGCGUGAGUUGUUAAUGGAUCCAAAAUGCACAGAAGAUGUUGCUGAAUGUUUCCCACAAAUACUACUUGCGCUAGUACGAUUAAGCAUUUCUACUGACAAACUCUCAUUUAAUGAUGGAGAUGCUCUUCAUAAAUUAAAUUCUGUUAUAUUAGGAAAAUUACUUUGUAAAGAUCAUGACUUAUUAACAUUUGUUAUGCUUUAUUUUGAUGCAAAUCCAGCUCCAUUUGAGUCUGUAGAAAGUGAUUACACUCCUUCUUUAAAAAAACGAAAUAAAAGAAAUCGUGCUUCAAUUACAGAAGUAUCUGAUUAUGAUUUGGUAACUGCUUGCUACGACAUUUUGUGUAGUGCACCAACACAUUUCAAAUAUAAAUGGAAUUGGUCUAAGUUUUAUAAAUAUCUAACACAUGAUGAUGAGGGUGUCAGAUGGAUAGCAAUGAAUUGCAUAGCCAUUGUGCUGGGAAUGUCAGAAUCUUGUUACGUAUCACAGGCAAGUGACUUCCUUCCAAAGAUCCAGCAGUUAUCUAUCGAAUACAAAAAAGUUAAUCAGAAUACUACAAUAUUUACACCCAGCAAAGAAAUAGAUCAUGCUUUCGACGAUCUACCUUCAGUAGUAUCUAUUGGAGGAAUUUUACUUCCAAGUUUAAACAAAUCCAAAACUAAAAAUAAAUUGAAGUUAGUUCCAGUACCAUCUACACGCAGGAACUUGCAGAAUUUAGCUUUUGCAGUAUCUUCUAACAAAUGUGUGUGUUUACAAGGAGCUGUAGGUUCUGGGAAGACCACACUGGUGGAAUUUUUGGCAGAGGCCACAGGCCACAAUGCUCAAAAUUUUGCAAAAGUACAGUUGGGUGAUCAAACAGAUUCAAAGAUGUUAUUAGGAAUGUACAGAUGUACGGAUGUCCCUGGAGAAUUUCUGUGGCAACCUGGGAUAUUAACAGAAGCCGUGUUAUCAGGCAAGUGGUUGCUUCUGGAAGACAUUGACUGUGCAGCCACAGAUGUUAUCAGCGUUGUUGGGCAACUUGUAGAAACCAAAACUUUGUCAGUGCCAGGAUAUAGAGAUGCGAUACACGCGAAAACUGGAUUUCAGUUGUUCAUUACCAGGAGAUUGACUUCGGGUGGACUGCAAAAGCCACUUCAAAUGUCUUUACCGUUGCAAAAGCAUUUUUCUUGCGUCAAUGUAGAGCCUUUAUCAAAAGAAGAACUGGUCACAGUUGUGCAAACUUUAUUUCCAUUAUUAAACACAGUUGCCACCAGGAUCAUUGAUGUAUACCUGUUGUUUUCUGUUGGAAACCAUGAAGAUGAUACCGUAAACACUUUAAGAAAUGCUAGGCAAAUCUCCACAAGGGAUUUAAUUAAAUGGUGCUCUAGAGCCGUCGUUGAUUUUAAUGUAUCUUCACCUACAUCGGCAUUAAAGAUCUUUCAAGACGCAUUGGAUGUCUUUUGUUGUUCUGUCGCUCAUAAUGAACAGCGAUUAAAUUUGGCGAUAGCGGUAGCGCAUAAGUUAGGUAUCAUCAAAACGAAAGCAGAGUACUUUUGUCAAGUACAUAAACCUUCGGUAACUCUUCAUAAAGAAUGUCUCAUUGUUGGUAGAGCAAAGUUAAAAAUAAAAAAGGCUGAUCGGGUGAAAAUAGGAACUAAACACUCAAACUUCUCUUACACAAGACCAUCUGUUUGUCUCCUGGAACGAAUAGCCAGCUGUGUUAUUCAAAACGAGCCUGUUCUCUUAGUCGGAGAAACUGGAACAGGUAAAACAACUUGUGUCCAGUACCUCGCGCAGAUAACAGGCCAUAAAUUAGUGGUGAUAAAUAUGAACCAACAAAGUGAAAGCACAGAUCUGCUCGGCGGUUAUAAACCAGUGGACCUAAAGCUUCUGAUUUUUCCAAUUCGUGAAGAGUUUGAAAUAUUGUUCCGCUCUUAUUUUGCAAUUGAACCAAAUCUAAAAUUCUUGAAUCACAUUGGACGUUGCUUUGAAGACAGGAAAUGGAAAACGCUGACUACCUUAAUGAUUCAUAGCACCAGUGCAGCCCUGAAAAGAUUGAAGUCAUCUCCUAAAAACCAAAGUGAAGUGGAACUUUUGAAGAAGUGGGAAAAGUUGGCACAAAAGUUGGAGAAGCUUCAGUCUCAGGUGCAGAGUCAGUAUUCGCUAGCAUUCUCUUUUGUGGAAGGCAGUCUGGUGAAAGCACUGAAAAAUGGAGACUGGGUUUUGUUGGACGAGAUCAACUUAGCUACAGCUGAAACUUUAGAGUGUCUUUCAGGAUUACUGGAAGGUUCUUGUGGAUCAUUAUCUUUGUUGGAACGUGGAGAUAAAGAACCGAUUAAAAGGCACCAAGAUUUUGCAAUUUUUGCUUGUAUGAAUCCUGCAACAGAUGUUGGGAAGAAGGAUCUUCCAAUAGGACUCAGAAACAGGUUUACAGAAUUCUUUGUUGAUGAACUCACAGAGAAGUCUGAUUUACAACUUCUAGUAAACUUAUACUUAAAGGACUUAAACCUUCCAUCAGGGAAGGUAGACAAUAUCGUUAAGUUCUACUUAAAUGUCAGAAAAGAGGCAGACUCUAAUCUUCUCGACGGGACUGGACAUAAACCGCAUUACAGUUUAAGAACGUUAUGUCGUGCUUUGAGUGUAUCAGCACAAAAUCCUUGUGCAAAUGCGUUGAGAUCUUUGUACGAGGCGUUUUGUCUAAGUUUCUUAACACAGUUGGACAGUGAGUCCUAUCCUUUGGUGCAAAGAAUGAUUGUGAAAACCCUCCUGGGUGAGAAAGCUGUAAAUGCAAUCAUUGGAAGCCCAAUUCCAAGACCACGUGGUCCAGCUGAGAACUUUAUUUGCUUUGAAGGAUACUGGAUUCCUAAAGGUGACCUUGAUCCAGAAGUGCCAGAAAACUACAUACUUACAGACACGGUGAGACAAAAUUUGAAGGAUUUAGUGAGAGUAGUGUCUAUUGGAAAAAUGCCUGUGCUAUUGCAAGGUGACACUUCUGUUGGAAAAACCAGUUUGAUAACAUACCUCGCAAAAGCUUCAGGACAUACUUGUGUUAGAAUUAACAAUCAUGAACACACUGAUCUCCAAGAAUAUGUGGGUACCUAUGUAGCUGAUGCAGCAGGGAAGUUAGUUUUCAAAGAGGGUAUUUUAGUGAAUGCUAUGCGCAAAGGAUAUUGGAUAAUAUUGGAUGAGUUAAAUUUAGCACCCAGCGACGUUCUAGAAGCCUUAAAUAGAGUUCUUGACGACAACAGAGAACUGUUUAUUCCAGAAAUUCAACAGGUGGUUAAAGCACACAAUAAUUUCAUGCUUUUUGCUACCCAGAAUCCUCCAGGGUUGUAUGGAGGAAGAAAAGUGCUUUCACGUGCGUUUAGAAACAGAUUUGUUGAGCUACACUUUGAUGAGAUCCCAGCAAAAGAGCUUCAGGUGAUACUACACAAGAGAUGCAAAAUGCCAGAGACAUAUUGCAAGCAAAUAAUCAGUGUGAUGACAGAGCUUCAAAUAAGAAGGAAGAGCACAGCAACUUUUGCUGGAAAGAAAGGAUUUAUAACUCUGAGAGAUUUGUUCCGGUGGGCUGAAAGGUAUCAUCUUGCACCAGAUACUGGAGGCAAACUGUAUGACUGGAGUCAACAUCUGGCUGAUGAAGGAUACUUGGUCUUAUCAUCCAAGGUCCGUCAUUCAGAAGAGUGCUUGGAAAUUAUACAAGUCUUGAAGAAACAUCUGAAAAGAGAUGUUGAUCCAGAUGCACUAUUUUCACUCUCUGAGAAAACUUCAUCUGUAACUAGAUCAAUUUUGGAGACACUUUUGUCAAAGAAAAUUCCAGGAUUUGAACAUAUAGUAUGGACAUAUCAAAUGCGCAAAAUGGCAGUGCUCCUUUCAAAGGCCUGUGAAUUUAAAGAGCCUGUCCUAUUGAUUGGUGAAACAGGAGGCGGCAAAACUACAGUUUGUCAACUUCUCUCUGUAAUUAGGCAACAAGAGCUCAGUAUUGUUAACUGUCAUAUGCACACUGAAGCUUCAGAUUUCCUUGGAAGCCUCCGUCCUGUGAGAGAGCACAAAGAAAAUCAGAAACUGUUUGAAUGGGUAGAUGGUCCCUUGGUAAAAGCUAUGAAAAAUGGAGGUUUCUUCUUGGUGGAUGAAAUUUCUUUAGCGGAUGACAGUGUACUUGAACGACUGAACUCUCUUUUGGAGCCCGAACGAAAGCUUCUGAUUGCGGAGAAGCCGUCAGCUGAAGAGAAUGCAACGGUCACUGCACAUGAAAACUUCAUUUUUGUCGGGACAAUGAAUCCUGGCGGUGAUUACGGCAAAAAGGAACUGUCACCAGCUCUCAGAAACAGAUUCACCGAAAUUUGGUGUGAAGGAUGCGUUUCAUUUGAUGACUUCAAAAGUAUCAUGGUACAUAAUCUACAUCAAGAGUUCAAAGAAAGCGUUUCCACCGCUGUGAUAGAAUUUCUUAAAUGGUUACAAACUACAGAGAUAGGAAGAAAGCUUGUUGUCAGCGUCAGAGACAUACUCACUUGGGUGAACUUCAUCAAUUGUUGUAAAGACUUGGAGAUAGGAGAUGCUUUCUACCAUGGUGCAGCAUUGAGCUACAUCGAUGGACUUGGUUCUGGCUUGACUGCCAUCGAAAAUUCAAAGAAAUUGAAGGAGUUUAAGAAAUCGUUGCUGAAGUUCAUUGAACAUCAAGUACAGACCACACUGAAGUCAAAGUUAAUAUUGAACUGUGAGAAAUUUGAUGUCGAAGAUCGUGAGGAUAAAUUUGGAAUAAAUCCAUUUUAUGUGAGAAAAGGCAGUGAAGAAAUAUCAAACAUAGGAUUUUCUUUCACAAGUCCCACAACUAGGAUGAAUACCCUGAAGGUGCUACGUGCUCUGCAACUGAAGAAACCAAUAUUACUGGAAGGUAGUCCAGGAGUUGGGAAAACUAGUUUGGUUUCUGCAUUGGCAAGAGCAUCUGGACAUCGUCUUCUUAGACUGAAUCUCAGUGAUCAAACUGAUAUUUCGGAUUUGUUUGGAGCUGAUUUGCCAGUGGAAGGAGGAAAGCCUGGAGAAUUUUCUUGGACGGAUGGUCCUUUCUUGAGAGCCCUUAAAAAUGGAGACUGGAUUCUUCUCGAUGAAUUGAAUCUUGCAUCGCAGUCGGUUCUUGAGGGACUCAACGCUUGUCUUGAUCAUCGCGGUGAAGUUUAUAUCCCCGAACUGGGAAUGACUUUCAUCGUGAAGCCAGGAACUAGGUUAUUCGCUUGCCAAAAUCCUCUUCGUCAAGGUGGUGCUAGAAGAGGAUUGCCAAAAUCGUUUUUGAACCGUUUUACUCAGGUUUUUGUGGAUACUCUUGAGCAAAGGGACUUGAAGUUCAUUUUGAACAGCCAGUUUCCAAAAAUUCCAGAAGAAUUAUUAGACAAGAUGAUCCAAUUCAAUGAAGAACUUAGCUCUCAAGUAGGAAUUACUUGGGGACAUCUAGGAUCACCCUGGGAAAUGAAUCUCAGGGAUGUCACCAGAUGGUGUGAAAUAACCAUGUCAGCUUCUGAACGGAAUCCAAGCAAGACCUUUAAUCCUGGAAAUGGUGCUAAGCUGAUUUAUGUCGACAGAAUGAGGACACACGAGGAUAAGAGUAAUGUAAUUGAGAUAUAUAACAGUAUAUUCUCCCAGGAUAAGUAUCCUUUGCCAAACCCAGAGUUUCCAAUCCACAUAACAAGAGAGAAGGUCUUCCUGGGGGAUGAAAUACUAGACCGCAGUGACUCUGCGGUGUACGAAGACGAUGAUUUAUUGCUCCUGAGGGAACAGAAAACUGUUGUCAGGAGUCUCGCGCAAUGUGUUAACAUGAAUUGGAUGACCAUCCUUGUUGGGGGAUCUGGAACCGGAAAGAGCAGCCUCGUCCAUCUUUUGGCAAACCUAGCCGGACAAAAGCUGAAAUCAGUCGUUAUUAAUUCCGCGAUGGACACCACUGAAAUCUUAGGUGGCUUCGAACAGACGGAUUACGAUCGACACUUUGAAGAAUUACUGGAGCGUACCGAGACACUGUUGAUUGGAAUCUUGAGAAAGAGACUACAGAGAGAGAAUUUGGAUCAAGUGGCCCAUUACCAUAGUCUUUUGGAGAAUGUUCGACACUUGUCCACGGGCAGCGAGAAAGGGACAGAAACAACCAUGUCGACGGAGACGAAGCUGUUCCUCCGUAAAACCCAGGAAUUAUCGAAACUGGUGUCAACCAUGAAAGCGUUGGGGACACCCUGCGAAUUGGAACUGCAGGAAAUCGAGAAAAAACUGACCGAUCUAUCGAUCGCCGUGGAAAAGGACAAAUGCCUGAACGCCGGUGGAAAAUUCGAGUGGGUUAACAGCGUGCUGGUGAAGUGUCUGCAGAAUGGCACAUGGUUGUUACUGGACCAUGUGAAUCUUUGCAGUCCGGCAAUUUUGGAUCGAUUAAAUGGACUCCUGGAACCGAACGGGGCUCUAACGAUCGGCGAGAAGGGUGUCGAUGAGCAAGGAAAUGUGUUCACUGUCAGAGCACACAGAAAUUUCCGACUGUUCCUCAUUAUGGACCCCCGUUACGGCGAGAUCUCAAGAGCUAUGCGCAACAGGGGCGUCGAGAUAAGUAUACCCACACCACAAGAUGUCCUCCUUUGUAAUCCAUUGGACGUAACGUCGUUACUGAAUAAUUGCGGCAUAAGGAAAGUGCACCAUCAAAAGCUGCUCUUCAAGAUCCAUGAAAGCUUGUACGAUAAGCAGUACAAAUUGAACGAGAUGGUGCAAGUUGCGUCGUUCACCAGUCAACAGGUUGCCAAAGGAUUCGCUUUCGAGGAUUCAUUAAGAAACUCUUAUCGCGAAAUCUGUGGGACGCUGGAUUCGAGGUCGAGGAAGGAAGCUUUGAGGAGAAUCGAUGAAAUUUUAGCUGAGAAUUGUGUGGUGGAGGAGACUUGCUUUUGUGAUUUGGAUGCGUUGACUUUGAGGAUAUGUGAUGUGAGGAGAAAUGCGGGAUUGGCGAUGGUCAGGCAACAGGGAUUUCUUCUGAGGACUGCUGUGGAGAAAUUUAAAAACAAUUCAAGCAUCGAUCUGCAGGACCUCUUCAAUCAACCUCCCAUCACAAACACCACUGCAUUUCUCCAAAGUCUUCUACUAGAUUUCUAUGAACAAACCUCUUUGGAAGAUUUACCUAUCAGGCACAUGUGGAGUACAAAUAUCUUCUCAGAUAAUCAAUUGACUCAGUUUGGACAGUUGAAUGAAUGGCUGAACAAAGAAGUUGAAUCUCUGAAGUCCUUAUUUGAAAAGAAUUCAGAUAUUCCAUUAAGUCUGACUGAACCGAUGACUUUGUUAAACAAUUUAGCUAUUGCGUUGUACUUUCAAUCAAUUGUCUUUAACUGCCAGAGCAAUGGAGAUUCUCAGAAGAAGAAGAAUAUUAUGUGUUUGAAGGAAUACUCUUCUGCUGUUUGUUCAGGAAAACUGUCAUCAAACCUAAAGAACGAGCCACUAAUUCUAAAAUUCAUGGAACUGAUCGAACAAUCUGCAAAGAUUAUUAACACAGUGCUUCACGUCGGUAACUUAUCGAUAGAUGAUAAACUGUACAUUAAAUUGCGCGAAGAUUUGAAAUGGUAUAAAAGAUUUUGUAAUUUAGGAAAGAUCGAAUUAAUUAACAAGUCAAAAGGUACAUUUUUUGAUCUACGAGAAAUCUCUUCGUCAUUGAAGGUCCACUACAAGUGGCUCACAAAGUUUUUCAACAAACUCUUUGCGCUUCUCGAUACAAAAGUCUGCGAACCGAACGUGGAAAAAGAAAUAACAGACUUUUCGAAGAAAUUUUUGAACGUGGUAGUCGAUGUGGAUAAGUUUGGGAAAAUUCGAAGGAAAAUUAAGAAACUUCUAUUGCUUCCAUCGCCACAUUUUUCUGAAGAUUCGAUGACUUUUCACGAAAAAUUGCGAUCGGUUUUGAAGAAACUGGAAGUCACCGAAGAAAACCUGGUAGAUAUCUCAAAAACGCGAUUGAAAAUCGUGUCCAUAGCACUGGAAGAAAAUUUAACUGCUCGAGAAGACUUAAUUAACAUUUGUGUCAAGAAUUUCAAAAACGAUAAAACUGAAAAGGCUGAAGCAUUGCUAGAAGUCGAUGAAGUUGCUGGAAGAAUCAUAGAGCUCAAAGAAAUUGAUGAAAAUGAUAUUCGGAUGAAGGACAGUUCAACAGAAAUUGAGAUCUGGCCCAUUUAUGAAUUUUUCUUUUUACUUUUCACGUAUCGUUUCCAGAGGAAACUUUGCGAAGAACUUAACCAACAAAUUAGUCAUGCUAAUGAAAAUUUGGGAAGAAUUUAUGAGGAAAAUAUUUUCCAAAAGUUUGCAGCAAUUCCAACGAUACCAAUACAUCUUAUUGGUUUAAUAAAAGCUUUGAAUUCUGAUGAAACUUUGCCUAAGCAAAGACUCUCUUUGUUUCCUAAAUUAUUUUCUUCCAUUGAAGAAUUUUCUGAACAGUCUUUUGCUGUAAAGAAUUCAGAUGUGCUUUUACAUUGGUACUAUCAGAGGGAAGCAAAUGAGGAAGACAGUUUGAACAUUUUUGAGCCAAAUUUUGUUGACAAGUCAACGCUUUGCAACUUGAUCUGUCAAUUAUUCCUGACAAGUUCUGUACACCGGAGGGAGGCAAUCAACUUUGGAAACCACAAGAACCAAAAGAGGCUCCUGACAAUUAUUCAAACUCUAUUAUGGAAAAAUUCUUUAGUGUUAAAUUCAGAUGAAUUCAAAAUAUCCAUAAAUGACUCGGUUCUACUAGAAUUUUACAUAAAUUAUUACACAUCUGCCAUCAACAAAGUAACAAAUGCUUUUGCAUUAACCUUAAACGAAGAAGAUCAAAAUGAUCUGAAGAAACGUUUCUUUGAACCAAUGAAAUUAUUGUUAGAAAUAAAAGAAAAUUUGCAAAGUAGCAAUAAUGUUAUAGAAAGAGCCAAAGGUUGGUUGAUACUUGGUCAUUUACAAAUCUUCCUCUUCCACGAUCUGGGAUCCAUUGAUCCAGUUCAGAAAGUAGCACUAAAAUCAAAGUACAUCCGAGAAAAUAUUUCCGACCUCGAACUUUUGAUGUCCAUCGAAAGUCUACAGUGCAGUAUCCUAGGAAUCAGUUUAUCGAAGGAAAGAAAGCAAUCAAGAAUCAAUCGUUUAGAACAGUCGUCCAAUGAGAUGAAAAGUUUUGAAGAUUUCCAAGCAGUGAGACCAACGUUGAGUUUCCAAAAUUUGAGGGAAGACAUUGAACAUUUCUCGAGGAACAUUGCCUCCUUUGAAUCGAUCUUCAAACACGUACAACUCUUAAACAGCAUGGCUGAGAAAUCAAACAGAAAAGAGUGCAUCAGCCAAAGUCAAGAAAAGCUGCACGAGGCAAUGAUCUGGAAGAAAUCGUUGGAAAGGUUCGUUGGAAAGUUGGAGAAGAAUUUCCUGAACGGUUUCCCUGAUCUAGUUUCACCUAUGAUCUCUGCAAUUUCAAAUUUGCAUCAUGGAAUAUCAAUUCUGAUCCACGAGCUAUCAAUCAUGCAGCCUCAAACUUCUAACAGUGAUAUUUGUUACAAUUUGCUGCGUUUCCCUGUUGCCAACAUUUGCCAGCAGAACUAUGUAAACUUGGUAAAGCUUUGCUCUUCUGAAAAGCUGAUUUUCAUCCUCACUGAACAGUCAAAGUCAGAAUCCGUUCCAAAAGACAGAUUCAAGAUGGCUAACAUAGCGCUAAAGGAGCUAGAAAAUUUAUCUCUGAUUGCUGUGGAUCGUGUGGAAUCGUUCUGGGACGAGUUGUACAAGAUCUUCUUCAAGUUCAGAGUCCUCUGGAAGGAGCAGGAGAAGCGCAGAGAAGAAGAAAUGAAAGAAAAACAGAGCCUCUUCAAGACAAAAUUUGACUCUAAAGAAGAGGAUGAAUUGGAUUAUAAGAGAAUGUUCCCAGGAUUCCAACAAGACUUCCUGGAGCUGGCUGAAAUGUUCCCAGGGUAUCAAGAGUUCCCAGAGCUCCAGAGAAUCCCACAAAUUAUGCAGAAUGAGGAGUCAUUCACUGAGCUGAUAUCUACAAGAGAUGCCAGAAGAAUUCAAGAGAUACAUUGGAACAUCUUGAGAAAUUCAAAUAAAGUUCCAGUAAAAGAUCUCAAGAAAUCAGAAAGUUUGGAACCAAAUUUCAUUGAACCAUUAGCCCAAAGAUUUGAAACUCUGGGUUCUACAGUGAAGACAUGUUCAGAGGAUCAAUCAUCAAAAUUGAUAUGCAGCUUAAAUGUAUUAAUUUCACAGAAAUCAGGCUUUGAUAACAGAAAAGACAAUAAAGUAUAUGAUUUUUAUAGAGAUCCAAAUAUUAGAGAGGUUGAAGAAUCUCAAGUGUUGUUUGAUAAACUUUUGAAGAGAAUCAAUGAACUGUUACAAGAGUGGCCUGAAAAUCCUAUAUUAAUUUCAAUCAAAUUGAUCGUGGACAGAAUAUUUAGCUUCUCUAUCGACUCUUCCUUAUCCAGAUACUUAGUUGGCACCGAGUUACUGCUGACAAAGAUACAACAGUGGGAAGAGAAUGCUCAUUCCAGUGUUAGCUUAUCAGAAUUCAUUGAACUUUUUGGGGAGAAAAUUCUGCAUUGGAGGAAACUUGAGAUUUCAAGGUGGAAAGAUUCUUUGGAAGUCCUUGAGGAUCAGUUAAAGACAGAGGCUUCAAAAUGGUGGUUCUUCUUGUUUGAUUUAGUUGAUCAGUAUCUUACAGAUACUGAAGAAACAAUGGUUGAAGAACCAGCAGAAGAAUCAGCUGAUAAUAUUUCAAAGGAGAAAGUCAUAGAGAAUUUGGGACGUUUUCUAACAGAAUCACCUUUGAUAGAGUUUGAAACAAGACUUCAAUUGGUCUAUCUCUUUUAUUGCCACGUCUCCUACUUCAAAAAGACUGAGAGGCAGAAGGAACUGUCUUCAAUUUUCUGGAACGUUUACUUCUACUACAGCCAGUUCCUGAAUGAUGUUCAGAACAAGAUUAAACUACUUAAGGAACCCAUUGCUAAAAAGUUAAAAGACACCAUCAAAAUCACCAGAUGGAACGACAUAAGCUAUUGGUCUGUAAAGAACACCGCAGAGAAGUCACGGAGGACCUUGCACAAGUUUGUGAAGGAACUUCAAAAAUGUCUGCGAGAAAAUGUUGCAUCUUAUUUGACCUUAAAAACUAAAACAGAAACAGAGCCAAGUACAAGAAGAGAGCUUGGUCCAUCUGAGUUCUUAGUUGACCUUGAAGCCAAGAAGUUGAAGAAGUUUGAAAAGCUAACUCGUAAGGCUUCUCAGUUUUGUGAGAACAUCAUUGUGAAGAGCAACUAUUCAGAAAUUCGAAAAGACAUUGAGUCUUUCAUUGAAGACUCGGUGGAAGAAAGCAAGAGGUUAAGAAACUUGGAAGUAGAUAAGACCUUGAGUAAAGGCAAACAGCAGUCGCAGUUGAAGAGCAUGCUCCAGCAGAAGAAGAUGUUACUGGCAAAUUAUUUCAAAACGUUGAGUCGACUAGGGAUUUCUUACAGAAUUGGGGUUCUGACUUGGAAAAACAGAAAAAGUGAAAUCAACAAUUUUGCUGUUACUCCUGUGGAUUUGAAAGAAAUUGAGAAAUUCAGAUUGAUUAAAGGAAGCAGGGGAGAAAACAUUGAGAAAGGACUGCUUGAACAGUGGUCCAGCUGUGAUAAGUAUUAUUAUGAAUCAUUGAUCAAAUUGAAUUUCCUGGAUGGUAUCUUGAAUUCAGGGAAAAGCGACCUUGGAAUGCAAAACGCUGAACGUUGUCGUGGACUUUCAGUUCAUCUUGCUUUGUUAGCUCAUCGACAGAAGGAAACAAUUGCCAACUUCUUUGAGCAUUUUCUUCCACUCAGAAUUCAAAUAUCAAACCUAAUGCAGAUGAUGGAGGACUCAAAGAAGAGAGAUGUUAAAAGCAUCUCAAAUGUUACAGCAUCUUUCAAGCUUGCCAAAGUAACUGAUUCUGUAAAAAUUGUACAAGUGUUGGAAUUUGUAAGAAACACAAAGAUCUCAGAUAUCUCUGUAUUUUUAGAAAGUCUAAAAACAACAGAAGAAUCGGUUGAAAAUUUAAUGGAGGUAAAAGAGGUUCUUGAAUUUGCAAAGUCUGUAGGAAUUUUAGAUUUUGGUGAAAUUAAAAGGAUUUUGGAAACUGCUAAAGCUGCAGGAAUCACUGAUUUCUCACAGCUGGUAGAAAUUUUAAAGGUAACAGACAAGAAUAUGUCAGAAGAAAUGAAUAUUCCAAAACAAAAAGGCUUGCAGGCUGCCAUGAUCAACUUCCAAGAAUUGUUGGAAACAUUACAAAUAUCUGUAAAACAGAUUCUCAUAUUUUUGGAAAGUUGUCCAACAGAGUCCCUCGCAGAUGAGAAUCUUCUUGAUUUAAAUGAAACCAUGGUACCUGUUCUGAGAGAGAGCAAUGUUUCUAGAAAUUCAGUUGCUAUGAUGCAGACGUCUUUAGACUUGAUAAAAAAUAUGACAAGAGAGUUGCACUCAUGGAUUAUGAUUUCAAGAAAGAUUGAGAAGUCAGGUCAGAUUUUCUUGUAUCAUCAAAGACACGUGAAUUUCCUCCAAGCAAGUUAUCAGAAAAUCACAGAAAUUAAGAAGAAAUUAGUUGAUGUUGCAAUUACCUUCACAGCUGAUCAUCCUAUUGCUGAAAAUUUGAACUUCUUAAUAGAUAAAAUUGAUGAGAGUAAUAACUUAUUUAAAUCAACGUGUACAGUAAUUGAAGAGGAUGAAUCUGGAAAUGUGGAGGAAUAUGAGAAGAAAUGUGAUACCUUAAUUACACAAAUGCUUCUUGUCAUUCAAAAGAAGCUUCAAGAUAUGCAGACAUCAAGCGAAGAAACUGUAGAUCCAGAAAAAGUUGAAGAAGAUUUUGAAGAAAAUGUUAUGACUGAGAAGUUAAUAGAAUCACUAAAAAAGAAUAUUUCAAAUUUGCGACUGAAAACAGUAUCUAGGUUAUUUGGGGAAUUGUUACAAAUUAUUUUUGAAUGUGAUGCUAAGUCUGCAAAUAAGUGCAUAAGGUUACUUUUGCAACAUUUACCCCUUCUGGAGCAAUAUAUCUUGUUCCUUCAUUACUACUUGCAUGAACAGGUGGCAUCUUUCCGUCUCACCUGUAAAUUCCUUUAUCUUCAACUGAACGUCUUCUUGGAUUUGGCAGCAAAUGGUUUCUGCCAACCAGAAAUGACAGAGGCCUCUGAGGACAAUGAAGAAGGUAGUACAGUUGAAGGUGGAAUGGGUCUGGCUGAAGGAGAAGGUCAGAAAGAUGUUUCAGACAAAAUAGAAACAGAGGAUCAAUUAGAAGAAGCAAGAGGUCCAAACGAAGAAGAAAAAGACGAUGACAAAAAAGACAUGAAAGAAGAAGAAAAAGGCAUUGAAAUGUCAGAAAACUUUGAGAGCCAUUUACAAAAUAUGGACCAAGACGAGGAAGAUGAACAGAAGGACGAAGAAGAGGACCUUGAUAAAGAAAUGGGUGACACUGAUGAAAAUGCAGAGAAGCUAGAUGAAGAAAUUUGGAAAGAUGAAGAAGAGGAGGAAGAAAACGACGAUCAGAAUGAACAAAAUAAAGAAGAGAAAGGAACUGGUGAGAAAACUGGACAAGAAGAACUAGGUGCAAAGGAUGACGAGAACAAGAAUGAGAGCGAGGACCAAGAAGGAGAGAGCAAUGAUCAAAGAAAAGAAGAAGAAAAGAAGGACAUUAACGAAUUCGAAGAACCUGAUGUGAACGACGAUCAGAUAGAUCCUUAUCAUGGAAAACAGCAACCAGAAAUCGAGCCAGAACCUUUUGAUCUCCCAGAAGAUAUAAAUUUGGAUGAAGACAUGAAGGAAGAUAAUCCUGAAAAUGAAGAGAAUCCGUUCGACAUCGAUGAGAUGAAGGAAUCGAAAGUGCCCGAAGACAAAGAAGAGGAACCUGAAAAAGAAGAAGAUCAGGGCGAAGGCGAGCAACAAGACUCUGCUAGUGAAGACGAUGAAAUGGAAGAAGAUCCAAACAUGGAUCCUGACAAAAGAAGAGAUAAAGAAGAUACGAACAUUGAAGAAGAUAAAAAAGAUGAUGUAGAGGAACAGAAUAUGGAGGAAGAAAAAGAAAUAGAAGAAGACAAAGCUCGAGCAAGUGUUGAUGCAGGUAGCAAAGAAGUUGAUGCUUCGCAAGAAGUUGAAUCAAGGAAGGACGGUUCUAGAGAUGCAGUAGAAAGUCAGUCAAACGAAAAAGAGAUGGAAAGCUCUACAGAUAAUAUUACAGAUGACAAAAAAGAUAAAGGAACUGGUCAGUCACAAACGGAAAAGCGUGAGGGGCAUUCUGGGUCCAAACAGGAAGAGAAUGCACCCAUUUCGGGUGAAGACAAGUCUACGAAACCUAUUCAGAAGCGAAGAAAACCCGGUCAAAGUGAUGAAAAUCGUAGCUUGCUUGAUGAACUUCAACCUUCCAUGAAGAAAAUGAAAACUGCACCAACGCGUCAAGAAGUAGAUAACAGCGAAGAAAAAGAGAGUAACGAGGUUGGUGGUGAAAGUGAAGUCUACGAACAUAUUAAGAACACAGAGAAGUUUGACGAUUACGUAUUUGAUGCUGCAACUGAAGACCAGGUUAAAAAACAGGCAUCAAACUUCGAAGACGAAAAGGAUCCUGAUGACAAACUAGAAGAUGAUGAUAUUAAAAUGCACGAAGACCCAAUAACAGAAGAUCAAGAUGAAGUAACGAAUAAGGAACAUGCUCAAAAGGUACCUGAAAGCAAGAAAGACAAAUCUACAAAUGUUAGAGGAGAAAAAACAGAUGAUGUGGAACAAAUGGAAGUGGGAGGUGAAGUUGAAGGUGAAGUAGUAGAAACAACUCGUGUUCUGCGAGGAAACGAGUCAACCAUUCACACAAAACUGCCAGAAACAGAGAUUUAUGAUGUCUCAAUGGAUAACAUAGCACAAAAGAGGUCUGAGAUUGAAAGUAUGCUUGGACAGUGGUCUCGAGAACCAUCUUCCAUAGAAGCAGCAAAUGCCUGGAGUUCAAUAAGUGCGUUGACUGAAUCAGCUGCAAGAGAACUGUCAGAAAAGUUACGGCUAGUGCUGGAACCAACAUUAACCUCUAGGUUGAAGGGUGAUUAUAGAACUGGCAGACGUAUAAAUAUGAGGAAAGUAAUUCCAUAUAUUGCCAGUGAGUUCCGUAAAGACAAAAUUUGGCUGAGACGUACCAAACCAUCAAAAAGAGAUUACCAAAUAGUGUUGGCAAUAGAUGAUUCUAGUAGUAUGGCUGAUAAUCAUUCAAAGGAAUUAGCAUUUGAGUCCCUCUCGUUAAUUGGCAAGGCUAUGACUUAUUUAGAGGUUGGUCAGCUUGCUGUUAUUAAUUUUGGAGAACAAGUCAAUAUUCUACAUCCUUUCGGGGAAAACUUUACCGAAGAAAGUGGUGCCAGAUUAAUUCAGCAAAUGAAAUUUGAACAAAAGAAGACAAUGAUUGGUCAGUUACUUGACUUUACAAUAAAGAUGUUCACAUCUCAGAGUAGUUCUGAUAACGCAAAGUUAGUAGCCAUCUUAUCAGAUGGUAGAGGAAUAUUUUCGGAAGGGAUAGAAAAAGUAACUGCAGCUGUGAGGAAAAGCAAAUUAUUGAACAUUUUUCUUGUUUUUAUAAUAGUCGACAAUCCUCUCAAUAAGGAUUCAAUACUUGAUAUAAGGAUGCCAAUUUUUGAAAAUGGAAAACUAUUAGGCAUACGUUCCUACAUGGAUAAUUUCCCAUUUCCGUUUUAUAUUAUUCUCCGGGAUUUAGACUCUUUGCCCGUUGUGUUAAGCGACGCUCUGCGACAGUGGUUCGAAAUUGUAGGCAGAAUUGAUACAUAAAAACAAUUUCCUAUUAAUAUAAUUUUUAUUGUUUAUACCUCAUAGUAUAGAAAUUUAUUACAGACU